GUACCUCAAUAAUAAACGCGGGGCGCUAGCGGGGCACCGGUCAUAGUACAACCCGGUCGUGUAUAAGACCGCCCGGCCUUUGAUAACUCGUUUACUUCGUCAAUAGUUCGUUGCAUCCGUCGGUCAUCAUCUACUGAAUGAGAGGCAGUACCUUGCGUGAGUAGUUUGAAUAAAAAGUGCUUAAAAUGCCGACCUGUUCGUCCGAAAGUUUAUCCAAAGUCUCGUGGCCGAGCAACGAGAGCAUCCACGCCGGUAGUUCUUCGAGUGGUUCGGGAAUGCAGAGCCCCAGCUCGCCGGUAUGUUUUUCACCGGGUUCGACUUCUCCAGACAACACUUUGCGAAAAAGGAGAAUCCGCAGAACAUCGUCGUUAGGAAGUGUAAUACGGGAACCCUUCGUUAUUCGCUCCGAUGCGAGAGAUAACCGAAGCCAAAGCCCAGUACUAUCCCAAAACGCUCCCCAGGAAGAAGAAACCUUCUCGCUGCUCUCAGCCAUCAUAGGUUGGUACCCAUGUUUCCUCCUGAGAAUGGCUAAAGCGAUCAUCAUUGCAAUUCUACCGAAGACCUGGAAACAGCUAAUAUUAGCCCUCCCAAUGCUCUGGAUCUCCAUGUGGUUAUGGGUGUUUACUCAACUCGUUCAAUUACCUUUUAUCAUGAUCAGAAUGGUCUUGAACAUGAUCCUACUCCCUAAUCGCUCCAAGAACCAGAAAAAACGAACGGUUUUGAUCAGCGGAGGUAGCACCAUCCAAGCUCUACAUCUAGCCAGGAAUUUUUAUUCAGCUGGAGCGAGAGUUGUGGUUUGUGAAGUCCAAGGAGUGUUCGCUUUGGCCAGAUUCUCUACAGCUGUCAGUAAGUUUUAUGCAGUUCCAAAACCAACCAGCGAUCAGCUACAAAACUAUGUCAGAGCCCUUUGUGAAAUAGUAGACAAAGAAGAAGUGGUGUACUACAUCCCUGUCUGCGCUACCACCUCAGCUUACUAUGAUGCAGUGGCCAAACCACACAUGGAACUGUUAGGAUGCACCUGCUAUUGUCCAGGAAUUAAAGAAGUCUGGGUCCUAGAUGAUACACUAGAAGUACUGAAAAGGUGUGAGAAAAAUCAGAUUAGUAUCCCGAAUUAUUACGUUGUAACAUCAAAAGAGGAUGUUUACAGAUUGUAUGACACAGGUACUAUAAGAAUGGGAAAUUAUGUUAUGUCAACAGCUGGUCCAGUAGGUUUGAGAGAUCGUUCCAAAGUUAUUUUACCUUUAUCCAGAGCAGACCUUAAAUUACCCAACGAUAUAAACCCUCAAAGACCUUGGGUAGUUGUCCAAGACCUGGAAGGAGAACAUUACCUCACUUGCACUACUAUAAAAGAAUCCCAAGUUAUUGCAAAUGUCACUUGCAAGCUUGAUAAAGAAAAUACCGGUCUGAUACCCAUAGAGCACCAAGAAAUCAACCAAUGGCUCACGAAUUUCUUUCACAAGCUCCAGUUUUUGCGGCCGGUAAAUGGACACGUUAGUUUCAGGUUUGUCGUGACCAAAGAGACCAAUACCAUCAAACCUUUGAGCAGCAGAGUUGGAGUAUCGCUGCCUUACAUCUGCUACACCAAUAUCCACCCAAGAUUGGUUUGGAGACCGUGCAAACACUUUAACAGACAGAAUUCUGGUCCUUUGAUUAAUGGGAAUGGUACUUAUCGUAUGCCUGAUACUGUCUGGAACACCCUCAAAAAUCCGUCACUGGAAAAAGUGACCAGGUUGAUAGGGACGGUACUUGAUAAAAGGGAGGCUUUGUUUACCAUUUGGGAUCCCCUGCCUUACUGCGCGUACUACCACAUGCAGUUACCGUUCAAAAACAUGCUUGGGUUCAUGAAAAGCAAGGAGAAUGCCUUUCCAAGACCACUGAUGAACAGAGUGCGCUGAGAUUGAUGAAGCAAAUUAGGAGAGAGAUUCAAAGACAUAAGAGAGUGAAGAAUACAAGCCUUCAAGUGAAGAAAGUCCAGUGAUAAGAUUUUUUAUUAUUAUUUUUUAACUUCAAUAAUUCGAAAAAUUCGAGAUAUAUGGGUAAAAUGGAUUAAAAUUUUUGAAAUAAAUUAUUUUAAACGUACACAGAGAAAUGAACUUCGAAUCAUAGAUAAAUUCAAAAGAAUUUCUUGUUAUUUGUUAUUUAUUCAUUUAUCGAGUAAACGCAGUUAUGAUAUCUUUAAAAAAAGAAGCGUUCAAAAUAUGUGUAUGUAUGAUAUUUAAAUCCGUUUUGCCAGUAUAUACAGGGUGUCUCAGAUUUAAUUUUGUUCUUAAUUUAAAUAACGUUAGAGUGAUUUUUUUGGGGCUCUUCAAAAAAAUUUACUCUCAAAACGUUUUCUAAAUUACAAAAAAAUAUUGAAUCGUUAAAAAAAUAUUUUUUUAUUGUUAUUUUUCAUAACACAAACUCGUUUUUUAUUGUCUGAGAACACAGACUAGUACAAAAGUAAAAGAAAAAGUUUGAGUUAGACCAAAUAACAAUAAAUAAAUUCAGAGCAAAAAAGUUUUAAGA